UGUUUAGGGCUUGGCAAAAGCAGCCUUAAUACUGAAGAAAUGAUAAUAGCGGUGGAAGGCUGGAAGCUGGCGCGAAAGUCACCCUAUUCGGUCUCAAUUCUCAAAUUACUACCACGUCCAAUCUAAGCCUUCUUUAAGGUUGAGAUCGCAGAUACUAAGAUUGAGCUUCUUCUGUAACCAAUUACACACUCUGAGAUGCAGAAAACGGCGCAAUCAUGGUUUACCGGCGGUCCAAGCGCCACCACUACAUUCAACGAUCAGCAGCUACCCAAAUCCUCCUCUUUACUCGCUGAUUGGAACGCUUACGCUGCUUCUCAGGACGCCGAUUCUUCUGAUCUUGGCUUCGAUCUCGAAGCUGCCGUUCGUACCACCAGUGACAAAGUCACUGGGACUUUCAGCGUGGUAUCAAAAGGAGUGAGGGAUUUGCCUGGCAACUUUCAGUCCGCCACUAGCAAUGUUCCUUCUGGAAAAUCUCUCAUGUACUUUGGAGUGCUCCUUGCUGCUGGAGUGUUCUUUAUAUUUGUUGCAUUCACCAUGUUUCUUCCUGUCAUGGUGUUGGUGCCUCAGAAAUUUGCUAUCUGCUUCACCAUUGGUUGUGCCUUCAUCAUUGGUUCAUUCUUUGCACUCAAAGGUCCCAAGAAUCAACUUGCGCAUAUGUCUUCUAAAGAGAGGCUCCCUUUUACAUUGGGAUUCAUCGGUACCAUGGUUGGAACUGUAUAUGUCUCUAUGGUCCUGCAUAGUUAUGUUCUUUCUGUGCUCUUCUCUAUUUUACAGGUCCUUGCUCUAUCAUACUAUGCCAUUUCAUACUUCCCUGGAGGAUCGACGGGGCUGAAAUUUCUUUCUUCAACUUUUACCUCCUCAAUACUGAAAUGUUUUGGAAGGUGAUGCAGAUUUCUAUUUUUUUUUUUACUCAAAUUGAAUUCUUUGGUCAUCCAUAAGUUUGUUAUAUUGUUUUGUAAGAUAGGAAAUGCUGGCAAACCAUUUCCAUGAUAUUUGCAGUUAAAAUAUCUUUGUAGAAUUCAACUUGUUUCAUUGUAAUGCUCUAAAGAAGUUUUUCUAUCAAAAUUGAUAAUAUUUUUUUAUA